GAAAAGAAUCUGAAGAGAAUAUAACUGGAAUUGAGAUGCUCAGAAUGAAUACGCGUGGUGGUUGAGCGAAGAUGAUAAAAGCUUGCGAAGAAGAAGAGGCAGGUAGUUUUGAUUUCGGGAGCGGGAUAGCAAGAGCUCGAGAUGACCCCGACAACGACGAUCGUUCAUAUAUGUAUGUUGAUUGCCUGCGGCAUUCUGAAUUUUGUCAGCUGCGAAUACAAGUCAUCGAAUGCGGUUCAACAUCUUCUUGUAGGAAAACGAAAUCAAGAAAAUAAUGUGAAUUUCUAUGGCAAACAGCAAACCUCAUUAUCCUGUCCAGAAAGAAAUGGUAGAUUUCCAAUUUCGUCUCAAUGUGACGCCUAUAUAGAAUGCAUCGAUGGUAUCCCUGAAGAAAAAUUAUGUCCCGAGGGACUCCUAUUUAGUCCUGAAGCAAGAUUCAAUUAUCCUUGCGGAUACCCAAUAGACGUAAAUUGUGAAGGAAGGCCUAAUCGACAACCUGCACAACCAACUGCCGAUUGUCCUCAUCAAUAUGGUUACUUCAAAGUUGGGGAUAAGCAAAAUUGUGGUCAAUUUAUGAACUGUGCCGACGGAAAGGGAUACAUUUUUGAUUGUCCUGAAGGAUUAGCUUUUAAUUCAGAAUCUUAUCGUUGUGAUUGGCCCGAUCAGGUCACUGAUUGCGAUGUUGAAGCAUUCUUGGGCUUCGUUUGUCCAGAAGAUCUUUCUACACGAGAAAUUAAAUUUUUCCGAAGUAAUCUGGAUUGUCAGCGGUAUUAUAUUUGCGUAAACGGCCGACCACGAUUGCAAAAUUGUGGUGAGGGUAGGGCUUUUAAUGAGUUGACAGGUGCUUGUGAUGCUGCAGAAAAUGUUACUGGAUGUGAAUUACAUCUUGGAUUGUUACAUGAAAAAAAAAACUGUGAAAUUAUUUUAAAUAUGAAAAGAAUUUUAGUAGCAUCUGUAAGUUUUCUACUAAAUGAACAAGUGAUUGCUAUUAUCUGAACAUACAUAUUAAUAAUGUUAUAUAAAUGAAGAAACAAGUUUUUAUUACAAAAAUGAGUAAGUGAAAAAAUGAUGUAAAUAGUUGUAUGUUAAGAAUAUUCAACAUAAAAAAAAAUAUAUAUUUAGUAAUUUAUAAAACCGAUACUUUUAUAAAUGAAAUUAUCCAUUAAAUAAUCUAUUUUAAAUAAUAUGUGUUAGUAAUAAAAUGUUUAAUAUUCAUUUUUUUUUUAAUUUCAAUUGGGGAACUUUUAACAUCGAAUAUACAUUCAUAUGUAUUCAUACACGAGUUUGAUCUGGUCUCUGAUAUAUAGUUCUGAAGUAGAAAGAUACGAAUGUACUGUAA